AUGUCCGAUGCGAACUGUCAUCGCGUCUUCUUGGUGACCUACCCGCGCACAGCAUCAAACCUGCUCAUCCGCAUACUCAACCUCCCCAACCAACUCAAAAUCUACACCCCAAACGCCCUGGCAGGAUACCUCUUCACGCCCGCAGCCCAAGUGAUCAGAGAUUCCAACGCUUGGGCCGCGCCCCUCGACAGCUGGCCGGACGGACUGGCCGACCGCCUGAAGCAAAUUUAUCGCGAUGGGUUCGUCGAGCUAGAAAAGACCGCUUCCAAAGGCGCGGAUUUGGGAAGGACCGUCUUCGUCAAGGAACAUAUCCAAGGCUUACUCCACCCGCUGGCGCAACAGAGAUUCGUCUUUGGUAACGCCAACGGCAAAGUACCCAUCAAGUCGGAAGACCUGGAACAGUGGGAUUUCUCCACCACCGUCGGAGAAGUUGGCAACUAUUCUGCCCUCAACGACACGGUCCUCCCGGACGAGACCCUCGAAUCAUGGAAGCCGAUCUUUCUCAUUCGUCAUCCGGCCCUCUCGUUCCCGUCGUUCUACAGGAUCUUCCGAGUGCUGGAAGGGGAUGAGGAUGACGACCCCUCUGGUGGUAGAGAAAGGUGGUUGGACUUGUACCUCACGCUGCAUUUUACUCGGCGAUUAUACGAGCUUUAUUGCGCAAAAGAUGGUGCUGUUGGGAAUAAAGAGCGUUCCCCAACAAAGACAGCAGAUGAGGGUGAGGGUGAGGAUGGGGCUCACGAUGGUCCACGAUCUCAGCAGCAUCUCCUUGAGUGGCCUAUCGUGCUGGACGCCGACGAUAUCAUCACCGCGCCGGUGAUUGUAGAGCGUCUCGCCAGGCAGAUUGGCAUGGACGUCUCGAACCUGAAGUUCAAGUGGGAUGCCACGUCCGUGGAAGAGCGAAAGACCAUGUCCGCUCUCAUGCAGACCAUGUUAUCCACGCUCCUUGCGUCGGAUGGAGUCCAAGUCGCCAAAGCGGCAGGGCAGGUUGUCGAUGUUGAGGUCGAAAAGAAGAAGUGGGAGACCGAAUGGGGAGAGAGCAAGGCACGGAAAUUGGAGAGGUGGGUUCAAGCCGCUAUGGCGGAUUAUCUCUUCUUGAGCGGCAAAAGGAUGAGGUGA